CUGACAUCGCAUCCCAUCCCAUCCCUGACAUAUUGAUAAUAUUUACCGUCGCCUCCGCAUCGCAUUAAAUAAAUUCGUUAAUUCCUGCAGUAAAUCGGAGAAAUAAGGCACAAGCAACGCUUCCCGAAGUCAGCGAAAGCCGGAGAAUGUAAAGAUGUUAAAUUACAUCAAGAGGCAAGCCAGCCGUCGUCGCAGCAGCCAAGAUAUUGCCACGGAUGCCAAUUGUGGCCAAACAUCAGAUGAUGUGGACACCACCGACGGAGCUGUGGCCCACAAGCGCCACUCUCUGCGCUCGACAACCAGUUUCUGCGACGAGGUGUUCCUAGAGGCGGAGGAGGAGGGCGUGGGAUCCGGAGGAGGAGGAGUAGGAGGAGGUGCCCUCUCCGAUGGUAUCAGUCUCUCCAGCAACGAUGAUAUUUUUACCUACAACUCGCGACUCUCCAUGAACCUGGCUUCCAUUGUCAACGAUCCCAACUGCCUGAGCUACUUCGUGCAGUAUCUGGAUACCCGACAGGCCCUGCCUCUGAUCAAAUUCUACCUGGACAUUGAGAACUUUAAGCGGGCGGCGCUCUCGCAGGAGAAAAAGGACGCAGAGGAGCCGCCUAGCAAAGCGGAACCAUCUUCUCCGCACAAAGAUGACAAAGAUGUACCUGAACUAAAGACGCUGUGCGAUCUGUCCAUGCGGAAACCCCUCACGGACGACGAGAAGAGCCGCAUUUAUGCGGAAACCAACAAGCAGAUCAAUAGGCAAAAGUCCGGCACGGAAUGCUUCACAAACUCUGAACUUUCGCGGGCCAGCAUCAGCGAUGCGAUUGCCAUUUACCAAAAGUAUCUAAUUGUGAAUGCCAGCCUGCAAGUGGAUCUUCCCAUCGUCAUUCUGGCGCACAUAUCUCUGCUCCUCUGCGGAAGGGAUAAGUCCGAGUGCAGCAAGCCAAUCCCGGCCAGUUGCUUCGAUGAAGCCAGAGAUUUUGUGCUGGAGCAGUUGGAGCGCGAUCAUGUGCAGGGAUUUCUGCAGAGCGGCUACUACUCAACCUACUGUUUGGAGUUGAUCGAAGGCGGUUCCAUUAACAUCUAUGAUGUCUUGAACAGCGAACUGGCCUUAUUCUACUUCACCGAGUACCUGGAACAGCAGCAAGAGCGCGAGUGUCUGGAGUUCUGGAUAACAGGCAUAAACUUUCGCAAGAGCUUUGCCAUCGGCGAGGAGAAGGAGGAGGAUUGCAAGGCGGCCCAGAGCGAUGCCAUGAUCAUAUACGACAAAUACUUCUCCCUGCAAUCCGAAUGUCGUCUCUGGAUGUCCCAGAAGCUGCGCUCUCGGGUGGAACAGGCCAUCUGCGCUCCAGGCGAGCAGUGGCAAGCCUUCGAUUUGGCCCUCUUCGUGACGGCCAAGUAUCUGGAGCAAAAGUACUUUGCCGACUUUCUAAAGUCGCACAUUUUCGAUAACUAUGUGAAUGAACUGAAAGUCAAAAGAGACAACUCCACUCCACAAGCGAAUCUUCAACAAAAGCUAAGCCUGCGCAGAGCUGGCAAAACAACGAAUUCCCAGCAGCGUCAUCGCAAGACCCUUUCCAUGUCAGACUGCACCCACAUUUCGCAGCACAACACACUGCUGGCUUCCAUGGAUCAGAUGCCAUCGAAAGCGUCGAUCAAUCAUCAGAGUGGAAAUCUCAAUAUUGACGCCAGACAAUUGACGAACCCUCAACUUCUGUGGCAGCGUCCUGUGGGAGCACUGAAAUUCGGCUUUGUUAACUCCCUGGGACGUUAUGAGCGGGAUUUUGAAGCCGUGGACGCAGUGGCUCUCAAAUCGCAGCCAUGGUCAUUGAGUGUCAGCGGCAACAAAAUCAAAAAUGCCAUGCGCAAGCUGGUGAAUCUGCCGGAGGAUAAAGUCCAGGAGGAGAUCGCCUGGCAGGUGGCCGAGAUGAUUGUCAAGGAUGUUACGAGUGUCACUCUCAGUGGCCAGACUCCUCCUCCUCCUCCGCUGGCAUAGUGUGCUUCACUGCUACUGAAUUUAUUUUGUCAUCUUAUUCCCAUUCUUAAGUUAACACUUUUAUGCUCAAAUCAACGCGAGAAUCUCCCCGCAGCGUGCACAAAACGCAACAAGUCGCAACAGAAGCUCUCUACUACUACUACUCUAUCUUAUGUACAAAUUAUGUUGAACAAAUCAGACAUUUUUAUUUAACUUAUUUUCGUUAAUGCUGUGGGCUUUGAAAGCUUAUAAUGUUAACCAAACUAUCGCUCGCUCAUUUGUUAUUUAAAGCAACCAAACCCAAAUCUCAAAUAUACAGAAGAAGCUCUUUACUUCAUUCCGUUUUAAUAUGAUUAAUCAUUUGUAAUAUAUAAUGUAUAUGAAUAUUUUUGCAUACUGAUGGUAACUACAAAGGAAAAUUUAUUGUUAUUAAUAAACUUUUUCUAUAACCAA